ACUGGGUGUCCAGGAGGAGGAUCUGGGCCCCCACUUUUGGCCUCCAGCUCAGAGUUCAUCUUCUGGUGGACAGAGGGGCCAUUCUGGGGCACAGAGCUGUAGAGGGAUCUCAGCCCUGCUGGGCCUCCUGGACAAGUCACUGCCUCUCUCUGGGCUUCCAGUAAGGCUCUGCAAAACGAGGGGGGAGGUUUGACCUCCAGAAUGCUCUGCAGAAAGUGGCUUCUGGCGGCUCACUGCUCUUGGCAGCUGGCCCUGUUGGCCGGGCGAUAGAGGGGGAUGCAGGCGCCCCUGUCAGAAACAAGUCGGAGACCCCACUCCAGCUCUGGCCACAGACCAGUGGGCCUCCCAGAGUGGGGGAGAGUGGCCCUUCCCCGGGAGCAGUGAUGCAGGCAGCUGACAAAUGGGGGUGACUUUGCAGGAUUGCCAGGGAUUGGUACCAUGAGGACAGCGGGCAUUUGACCAUUGGCUGCAGCAGGCAGGCCACCUGAGGUGGAGGAGGGGCGGUAACUGCAGCCACCCCACCUGCUCAGUCCUCCCGCCCCCACCCUCACUCAGGCCGCUCCUCCCAUGGGGCGGCCCCCUCCUUCCAGGCUGCCCUGGCCACCUCCUCUCCCCGCCCCCAGAGCCUCGCCUGUGUCUGCCUCAGGAGGGCAGGAGCCAUUGCAUUUUCCUGUGUAUCCUCAGCGCCCAGCUUGGCCCCUGCGCAGGCUGUAGGCUAAGUAGAGAUGGGCUUGACAAGCGAGUGGGCUCGGGCACAGAGGGCUGUGACCCAGGGGGCUGUGGAGGGCAGAGCAUAAGCUCCAUCUUCCCUUCCUGGUUGGCUGUUGCACGUGUCCUGGCCUCCAGGCCUGUCAUCAGUCGUCAGGGCUGUGUUGAGGGUCAGGUAACACACCCUGACCCAUCUGUUCAUCCAUCCACCCAUCCAGGCAGCAUUUAAUAGGCAGCUACUUGGGGCAGUUUCUAGGCUUAGAGCCUAGGUCCCAACAGAUGAAGCCCCUGCCCUCAUCAGGCUGCUUUCCAGUGAGGGAUGCACAGGUGAACCGGCUCAUUAGACCAUUAAUUACGUAAUUACCACUGAUGAGGGCCACCAGGGACCCAGCAACGUGGAAGGUGGGGCGGAGCUCUCAAGGAGGCUAUGAGCGCCUCUGUGGGCCUCGGGCCUCCCGCCGCCCAGCCUUUGCAGCCCCCAUCGCUCUGGCCCCAAGGGACCACCGCCGCCCAGUGCCGCCCUCCUGCAGGCCCCCAGUGCUUCCCCUUUGGUUCCAUCCAGAGCUUAACUGGUUCUUGCUGGCCUCAGGGCUUCUCCCAGAGGCCAGGGAGAGUUCGGGGGGCGGUGCUUCUGCUGUCACUCCUUCACACCAGGCAUCCCCCAGGUGCCCAGCAAGGCCCUGCCUCACUCGGGCCAAGUGCCAUCUGCAUUUGACACCAGGAGCUUGUGAGCAAAUACAGCCCGCAGACCAGUUCUCUUGAUCUCCGGGGUGUUAAAGUUUUUACUUGGUUGAUAAAAUUUUUAAAAAAAUUUUAUUGAAGUCUAGUUGAUUUACAAUGUUGUAUUAAUUUUUGUUGUACAGCAAAGUGAUUCGGUUAUACCUAUAUAUAUUUUUCAUAUUCUUUUUCUUUAUGGUUUAUCAAGGAUAUUGAAUAUAGCUCCCUGUGCCAUACAGUAGGACCUUGUUUAUCCAUCCUAUGUAUAUACUAGUUUGCAUCUGCUAAUCCCAAACUCCCAAUCCAUCCCUCCCCCAUCCGCACUUACCCUUUGGCAACCACAAGUCUGUUCUCUGUGUCUGUGAGUCUGUUUCUGUUUUGUAGACAUGUUCAUUUGUGUCAUAUUUUAGAUUCCACGUAUAAGUGAUAUCGUAUGGUGUUUGUCUUUCUCUUUCUUGCUUAGUAUGAUAAUCUCUAGGUCCAUCCAUGUUGCUGCAAAUGGCAUUAUUUCAUUCUUUAUGGCUGAGUAGUAUUCCUUUGUAUAUAUGUACCGCAUGUUCUUUAUCCAUUCAUCCGUCUAUGGACAUUUACGUUGUUUCCAUGUCUUGGCUAUUGCGAAUAGUGCUGCUGUGAACAUAGUGGCGCAUGUGUCUUUUCGAAUUAUAGUUUUGUCCGGAUAUAUGCCCAGGAGUGGGCUUGCUGGAUCAUAUGCCCAGGAGGGGGCUUGCUAAACUAUUUUUAGUUUUUUGAGGAACCUCCAUACUGUUCGCCAUAGUGGCUGCACCAACUUACAUUCCCACCAACAGUGCAGGAGGGUUCCCUUUUCUCCACACCCUCUCCAUCAUUUGUUAUUUGUAGACUUUUUAGUGAUGGCCUUUCUGACUGGUGUGAGGUGGUACCUUGUUGUAGUUUUGAUUUGCAUUUCUCUAAUAAUUAGUGAUGUUGAGCAUCUUUUCAUGUGCCUAUUGGCCAUCUGUAUGUCUUCUUUGGAGAAAUGUCUAUUUAGCUCUUCUGCCCAGAUAACAUUUUUUAAAAUGAGAGAUUCCUCUUUCUAUAAAACACUCCGAGGCUCUGGCACGCUGGGCCCUCCUUCCCACCGGCAGCAAUCAGCCGGAGCAGUUUACCUCCUUCCUCACCAUUCACGGGUGCGUUACUGCCAGGCCCGAGGGAGAUCUUCUUUGUCAAGUGAAUGAGGAGGAGCUGUAGCUACAAGCCCCUCACCCCCACCCAAAUGUGCUCUGUACCUCCACUCGACCUUGUUCUGGAUAUUUUCAUAAUGUGACAUUUUAUUUAUUUAUUUUUCAACAAGUAGACUUUGGAUUUUAUUUAUUUAUUUAUUGGCUGCACCACGCAGCAUGGAGGAUCUUAGUUCCCCGACCACAGAUCGAACCUGUGCCCCUUGCAGUGGAAGCAUGGAGUCUUAACCACUAGACCACCAGGGAAGUCCCAUGUGACAUUUUAAUUUAUUUAUUUUUGGCUGCAUUGGGUCUUCGCUGCUGUGCGCGGGCUUUCUCUAGUUGCGGCGCACAGGCUUCUCACUGCGGUGGCUUCUCUUGUUGCAGAGCAGGGGCUCUAGGCACGCGGGCUUCAGUAGUUGUGGCUCACGGGCUCUAGAGCACAGGCUCAGUAGUUGUGGUGCACAGGCUUAGCUGCUCCGCGGCAUGUGGGAUCUUCCCGGACAAGGGCUCGAACCCGUGUCCCCUGCAUUGGCAGGCGGAUUCUUAACCACUGCACCACCAGGGAAGUCCCCCAUGUGACAUUUUAAACAAUAUACAUUCAACAGACAGUUAUUGUUCAGGGACUUGGGGAUAUGGCUGCGAACAAAACAGGCAAAAUCCCUGCUCUUGUGGAACUUACUUUCUAAAGAGGAGAGGCAGUAAUAAAGCCAGCCAGCCACAUGACUUGUUACCUUGGAGAAGUGGGCGGGCCGGGGGGGGGGCGCGUGGAGUGUGCGUUUCAAACAGUGGUUAGGGUCGGCCACCCGAGAAGGUGACGUGAGCAAAGGCUUGGAGCCCAGGGAGCCACGUGAUACCUGAGAAUGGUGUUCCCAGUGGAGGAAAAGGCAGUGUAAAGGCCCUGAGGCUCAGGGAGGUGCCACACCGACCACCAGCUUGGCACCUUGGUACAUCCUCUUUCCCGGGAAGUCAUGGUGGGUGGGGCACAUGGGGUGUCAAGGACAAGGCUGGGGUGAGAGGUUAGGCUCUCUCCUUGCCUUCUUUGCCUCCCCUGAAAGCCAGCAAACAGAUCCUCUGUCAUCUGCAGUGUGCAGUCACCUGCAAGACCAGCGGGGCGUGGAGGAGCCCCCCAUGCCAGCCCCUGGACCAGCUCCUUCACCUUGAAACUGUGGGCCACUGAUCCCAGCCCUCUUAGCUGUCUGCAUCCAGCACCACCCCCGUUUUCUUUUCCUCAUUUGACAGAGUUGGGGAGUGGUGGAUAAAAUGGUGUAAAAGCAACCACUGUCCACAAGCGACUGACGGGUGUAGAGCCGAUAGCAGGGUGGGCCCCCGCCGGCCCGACAGCCUCCCCCGGAGGGCUCGCGAAUGCCAACAGCUCAGCUGCGCUGAAUCCUUGCUGCGCCACACCUCACGGCGGGGAGGGGCUGGCUAGCCAUCUGCCCUCACCCCCUGGACCGUGGGCCCCUCCGGCUCAGCCGACCCUUACAUCCCAGAAACUGCACUGCGGGGCAGGGGUGAGGCGGCCGGGCUGAGAGUUCUGCAGGCGGCGCCCGGAGGGUGCCCAGGACGGCGGCGAUGCCCGCGGCGGGGCAGCGCGUCCUCCUGGUGGGUUGACCCUGAGGGGAGGCUCUUGUUCUGGGGGCUUAGUAGGUCUCGGCUGUCUCCGCCGCUGGGUCCUUGGAAGAGGCAGCGUUGGUGGGCUUCGAGGGAAGGCUUUCCAGACAACUGGAGAGGCCAGAAGCCUCUGCCCCCCAUUCAAGCAUCCUCCAAAGAGCCCCGAGACCUCCCCCUGCCCCGGGGUCCCCAGCCUCAGCUGAGGAGCCCGGCUGUCUAACUGCUUCUCCCCCUCUCAGCCCGUAACUUGUCUGAAUAUUCAGGACCUCCAGCCCUGCAGAGAGUGGUGUGCUGGACCCUUGUGGGGUUCUCCCGUGGGUGCCUGUGAACGAGGAUGGUUGCUGCCCACAGAGGGUGGUCUUGAGAGGCCGUACUUUGGGUUGGGGGCUGCCUUGUUCUCUGGGAUUCCUUAUGCCCGGGAUGGGCCCCCUCUGCCCCAAGCUGACCUCUCCCGGUGCCUGGCCCAAGGACCCUACCUGUCCCAGAGGCCUGGGGGCCCUGGGCUGUCUUGUCUUGGGGAGUCCUUGGAAACACCCCUUCCCCCCAUUUAGGCCAGGCCCUUGGGAUGCAAAAUAGACCCCACAGAAUAGCAGUAAGCCUGACUAAUGAUUGAUCAUUUUCAUCAAGGUGUCCUAUUUAGUAUUCAUCACGCACAGCACAUGGGGAGGCGCAAGGUGGUCCCACCAUUCCAUUCCUCCCAGGACACCCCCAUCCCCGGCCUCCUGACCCAGAUAACCAGCCCGAGUCAUGCAGUCUUUUCGAGAAAGGUGUGGUUUCCAUGGCAAACAGCAGACCUACCAGCAGACCUCACAGGAGACAUCUCGCCUGGAGAAUUACCGGCAGCCGAGUCAGGCUGGGCUGAGCUGCGACCGGCAGCGUCUGCUGACCAAGGACUAUUACGGCCCGCAGCCCUUCCCCAGCUACGAGGGCGGCACCGGCACGCCCGCCGCGGCGCGCGCCAGCAAAGGCCUGUCCUCUCCGCAGGCCCCGCAGGGGAGGCCGUCCUUCGCGGGCUACGCCGUCCAGGACGGCAGCCCCUACCCCGGCCGCUACUCGGGGGAGGAGGGCCUGCAGGCCUGGGGGGCACCGCAGCCGCCACCCCCGCAGCCGCAGCCCCUGCCAGGGGCGGUGGGCAAAUAUGACGAGAACCUGAUGAAAAAGACAGCAGCGCCCCCCGCCCGGCAGUACCCAGAGCAGGGCGCCCAGCUGCCCUUUCGGACUCACACCCUCCACGUCCAGCAGCAGCUGCCGCAGCCCCCGCAGCCCCUGGCGUACCCCAAGCUCCAAAGGCAGAAGCCCCAGAACGACCUCGCCUCGCCCCUGCCCUUCCCCCCGGGCAGCCACUUCCCCCAGCACUCCCAGUCCUUCCCCGUCUCCUCCACCUACUCCUCCCCCGGCCAGGGCGGCGGGCAGGGGGCCCACUCCUACAAGAGCUGCACGGCCCCGUCCACCCAGCCCCACGACAGGCCGCUGACCGCCAACGCCGGCCUGGCCCCGGGCCAGCGGGUCCCAAGCCUUCACGCCUACCAGCCUGGGCGCCUCAGCUACGAGCCACAGAAGCAGCAGCAGCAAGCCCUCCAGAGCCGCCACCACGCCCAGGAAGCCCUCCACUACCAAAACCUCACCAAGUACCAACACUACGGGCAGCAAGGCCCAGGCUACUGCCAGCCGGACGCGGCCGUCAGGACCCCGGAGCAAUACUACCAGACCUUCAGCCCCGGCUCCAGCCACUCGCCCGCUCGCUCCGUGGGCCGCUCCCCUUCCUACAGCUCCACCCCGUCGCCGCUGAUGCCCAACCUGGAGAACUUUCCCUACAGCCAGCAGCCGCUCGGCCCUGGAGCCUUCCCCGCCGGUCUCGCGGACCACAGCCACUUCAUGCCCCUGCUCAACCCCUCCCCGACGGACGCCGCCGGCUCCGUGGACGCCCAGGCCGCCAACUGCAAGGCCCUGCAGAAGGACAAGCUUCCCGAGAGCCUGCUGUCGGACCUCAGCCUGCACAGCCUCACGGCGCUGACCUCGCAGGUGGAGAACAUCUCCAACACCGUGCAGCAGCUGCUGCUCUCCAAGGCGGCCGUGCCCCAGAAGAAGGGCGUCAAGAGCCUGGCGGCCCGGACCCCAGAGCAGCACAAAAGCCAGCACUGCAGCCCCGAGGGCAGUGGCUACUCAGCCGAGCCGGCAGGCACGCCGCUGUCGGAGCCGCUGAGCAGCACACCCCAGUCCACGCACGCCGAGCCGCCCGAGGCCGACUACCUGAGCGGCUCCGAGGACCCGCUGGAGCGCGGCUUCCUCUACUGCAGCCAGGCCCGCGGCAGCCCCGCCAGGGUCCACGGCGGCUCCAAGGCCAAGCCCGAGUCCGUGUCCACCUGCUCCGUGACUUCACCCGACGACAUGUCUACCAAGUCCGACGACUCCUUCCAGAGCCUGCACGGCGGCCUGCCGCUGGACAGCUUCUCCAAGCUCGUGGCCAGCGAGCGGGACUGCCCGCGUCUGCUGCUGAGCGCCCUGGCGCAGGAGGACCUGGCCUCCGAGAUCCUGGGGCUGCAGGAGGCCAUCGGCGAGAAGGCCGACAAGGUCUGGGCCGAGGCGCCCGGCCUGGCCAAGGACACCAGCAAGCCACCCUUCUCGCUGGAGAACCACAGCGCCUGCUUGGACCCCGUGGCCAAGGGUGCGUGGCCACGGCCGGGGGAGCAGGAGGCCCUGCCCGAGGCCCUGCAGCUGGAAAAGGGCAGCGGCACCAAGGACUUUGGCCCGGGGCUGUUCGAAGAUCCCUCCGUGGGCUUCGCCACCCCUGACCCCAAGAAGACAACUGGUCCCCUCUCCUUUGGCGCCAAGCCCACCCUGGGGGCCGCCGCCUCGGACCCCGCCACGGCAGCUUUCGACUGCUUCCCAGACACGACCACCGCCAGCUCGGCGGACGGCGCCAACCCCUUCGCCUGGCCCGAGGAGAACCUGGGGGACGCCUGUCCCCGGUGGGGGCUGCACCCCAGCGAGCUCGCCAAGGGUCUGGAGCAGGGCGGGAAGGCCGCCGACAGCGUCGGCCAGGAGGACGCCCACGAGGCUUCUUCGGCCUGCCUGGGCUUCCAGGAGGAGCAGCCCUCGGGGGAGAAGGCCGUGGUGCCCCGGGACUCCCAGCAGCAGGAGGCGGCGGGCGGGGUGCAGGCGGCGGCGGGCGGGGUGGAGGCGGCGGCGGGCGGGCUGCUGCAGUGUCCCGAGGUGGGCAAGGCCGACCGGUGGCUGGAGGACAGCCGGCACUGCUGCUCCGCCGCCGACUUCGGGGACCUCCCGCUGCUGCCGCCCGCCGGCAGGAAGGAGGACUUGGAGGCGGAGGAGUACUCGUCUCUGUGCGAGCUCCUGGGCAGCCCCGAGCAGAGGCCGGGCGUGCAGGAGCCACUGUCGCCCAAGGCCCCGCUGCUGUGUGGCAAGGAGGAGGUGGAGGCGGUGCUGGACCCCAAGGCCGGCUGGGGCUCCCCAUGCGCCCUCUCUGGCGAGGCCGUCAUCCUGCUGGGCCCCACCGUGGGCACCGAGUCCAAGGUCCAGAGCUGGUUCGAGUCCUCCCUCUCCCACAUGAAGCCAGGGGAGGAGGGGCCCGAGGGGGCGCUGGCUCCGGGGGAUCCCACCGCCCUGGCACCGGAAGCCUCCCUGACCCAGAAGCCGAACAAGCCCGCUGUGCCCGAGGCGCCCAUCGCCAAGAAGGAGCCUGUGCCUCGCGGCAAAAGCUUACGGAGCCGGCGGGUGCACCGGGGGCUGCCCGAGGCCGAGGACUCCCCGUGCAGGGCCCCGGCGCUGCCCAAAGACCUGCUGCUCCCUGAGUCGUGCACGGGGCCCCCCCAGGGACAGAUGGAAGGGGCGGGGGCCCCAGGCAGGGGGACCUCGGAAGGGCUCCCCAGGAUGUGCACCCGCUCCUUCACGGCCCUGAGUGAGCCCCGCACGCCCGGACCCCCGGGCCUGCCCACCACCCCUGCCCCCCCAGACAAGCUGGGAGGCAAGCAGCGAGCUGCCUUCAAGUCGGGCAAGCGGGUGGGGAAGCCCUCCCCCAAGGCCGCAUCCAGCCCCAGCAACCCGGCCGCCCUGCCCGUGGCCUCCGACAGUAGCCCCAUGGGCUCCAAGACCAAGGAGACAGACUCGCCGGAUGCACCAGGCAAAGACCAGCGCUCCAUGAUCCUCCGGUCCCGCACCAGGACCCAGGAGGCCUUCCACUGCAAGCGGCGGCGGGCCUCGGAGAGCCGGCUCCCCAACUGCCGCGCCACCAAGAAGCUCCUCGCCAACAACCACCUGCCCGCCACGUUCAAGGUCGCCGGUAGCCCCCAGAAGGAGGGCAGGGCGGGCCAACGGGCGAGGGUCCCCAAGCCUGGUGCAGGCGGCAAGCUCUCCGAUCGGCCCCUCCACGCCCUCAAGAGGAAGUCGGCCUUCAUGGCACCUGUCCCCACCAAGAAGCGCAACCUGGUCUUACGCAGCGGCAGCACCGGCGGGGACACGAAGGAGGAGGGGGCCGAGGGCUCUCCCACCCUCUUCAAGAGGAUGACGUCUCCCAAGAAGGCCAAGCCCACCAAGGGCAACAGUGAGCCCACGGCAAAGCCGCCGCCCCCGGAGACCCCUGACGCCAGCCUGAAGCUGGCCUCACGGGCGUCCGUCCAGGGGGCCAUGAAGACCAAGGUGCUGCCCCCCCGGAAAGGCCGGGGCCUGAAGCUGGAGGCCAUCGUGCAGAAGAUCACCUCACCCAGCCUGAAAAAGUUCGCGUGCAGAGCACCAGGGGCCCUUCCCGGGAAUCCUGUGAGCCCAUCCCUCCCUGAGAAGGACCGUGGGCUCAAGAGCGCAGGGGGCAGCCCGCUGCGGGCAGAAGAAGGUCUCUUAAACGUGAGCACUGGGCAGAAGUUCCCAGCAGCUUUGGGGGCUGAUCCGUUAUGCAGAAAUCCAACCAACAGAUCCUUAAAAGGCAAACUCGUGAACAGUAAGAAACUGUCCUCGACCGACGGUUUCAAAACUGAGGCCUUCACGUCCCCAGAGGGCCUACUGCCUGGGGGCACUGCCCUGGCACCUAAGAAGAGAAGCCGGAAAGGCAGGGUUGGAGCCCUCGGACUCCCCAAAGGCUCCCUGGAGAAGAGGCCUCAUCUCGGCCCAGCUCUGCUCCUGACGGCCAGCAGCAUGCAGGGGGGCAGCGAGGACAGCUCUGGCGGAGGCGGCAAGAAGCCAAAGACGGAGGAGCUGGGGCUGGCCUCCCAGCCCCCUGAGGGCCGGCCCUGCCAGCCCCAGGUGAGGGCACAGAAGCAGCCUGGCCACGCCAACUACAGCAGCUAUUCCAAGCGGAAGCGCCUGACGCGGGGCCGGGCCAAGAACGCCACCACCUCACCCUGUAAGGGGCGUGCCAAGCGGCGGCGGCAGCAGCAGGUGCUGCCCCUGGAUCCCGCAGAGCCUGAAAUCCGCCUCAAAUACAUUUCCUCCUGCAAGCGGCUGCGAGCAGACAGCCGCACCCCCGCCUUCUCGCCCUUCGUGCGGGUGGAGAAGCGGGAUGCGUUCACCACUGUAUGCACUGUUGUCAACUCCCCCGGAGAGGAGCCCAAGCCCCACAGGAAGCCUUCCUCCUCCUCUUCAUCCUCUUGCUCCUUCUCCUUGGACGCGGCCGGGGCCUCCCUAGCCACGCUCCCUGGAGGCUCCAUCCUGCAGCCUCGGCCCUCCCUGCCCCUCUCCUCCACCAUGCAUCUGGGGCCCGUGGUCUCCAAGGCCCUGAGUACCUCUUGCCUUGUUUGCUGCCUCUGCCAAAACCCGGCCAACUUCAAGGACCUCGGGGACCUCUGUGGGCCCUACUACCCCGGACACUGCCUCCCCAAAAAGAAGCCAAAACUCAAGGAGAAGGUGCGGCCAGAGGGCACCUGCGAGGAGGCCUCGCUGCCUCUUGAGAGGACACUCAAAGGCCUCGAGUGCCCAGCUGCCGCCGCCGCCGCCGCCACCACCACCACCGGGAAGCCCCCCAGGCCUGACGGCCCAGCCGAUCCGGCCAAGCAGGGCUCCCUGCGCACCAGCGCCCGGGGCCUGUCCCGGCGGCUGCAGAGUUGCUACUGCUGUGACGGUCGGGGGGAAGGUGGUGAAGAGACAGCCCCAGCUGACAGGAGCCGCAAGCACGAGUGCAGCAAGGAGCCGCCGGCAGAGCCUGGCGGGGACACGCAGGAGCACUGGGUGCACGAGGCCUGUGCCGUGUGGACGGGCGGGGUCUACCUGGUGGCCGGGAAGCUCUUUGGGCUGCAGGAGGCCAUGAAGGUGGCCGUGGACAUGACUUGUUCCAGCUGCCAAGAAGCCGGGGCCACCAUCGGGUGCUGCCACAAAGGAUGCAUCCACACCUACCAUUACCCGUGUGCCAGCGAUGCGGGUAAGAGCCAGCCCGAGGGGACUGAAGGUCGGGGGACGCAGGCACAGCUCCUUGAACUGGCCCCACUUGACCCACUGGCUUCCCUCUUCUCCUGCCCCAGCAAUUCUUUACCUUCUCGUGUCUCUGGGCUGGGCCCUGUGCUGGGCAGUGCUGGUGACAAGGAGACACAUCAGUCCCCAGCCACCUGCUGGAGGAGUGUCCAGAAGCACAAACUACAAAGUGGAAAGCUGCAUGUGAGCUGCCAUUGCCGAGGGGUGCCUACAGCUGGGGAGGGUCUCAGGCCUCCAAGAGCAGGGCUACUGAGCUGGGCCUUGGAAAAAGGCUGAAUAGGAGUUCACUGGCUUGGAGAAAAAGGAGAAAAGAUAGUUCAGUAACAAAAACUGAGUGAGACGGAAGGAGAGGAAGUUCAAGACAGACUCCCCCUGGCUCCACGGCACAGCGGUGGAAGGUUUAAGCGGGACGGUGGGCCCUGGAGUCAGGACCAGGCCCUCCUGCACCUGCCCCGUUCUCUCCACUCCCUCGCUCACUUGACCCGAGGGCAUUUAUCGAGCACCUACCAUCACCAGGCAGGUGGCACACUGACGGCCUGGGCCAGAGAGCCCGGAGCCCCCGAUCCUGGUGGCAUGCUUCAGGUGUGGACUGGGUGAGUCCACCGAUGUCUCUGCACUCGGUCCCCCACCUGUGAAGCGGAGGUUAGAGUCAUGUCUUUUCUGCAGCUGUUUGGAGCAGGGAGUGAGAUCACAAGCACGGCCCGGAAAGGAUAGCCCCGGUCCGAUUUGGGGGGCAGCCCCGGUCCGAUUUGGGGGGCAGCCCCCGCGAUCCCUGUCCCCCGCCCCCUGCUGCGCUGGAAGAGGGGGAGGUUAUCGCGACCCUGUCGCACGACGACAGGGCAGAGGCAUCUCCCGGCAGGACCCUCCCUGCUCCCACCGCCCGGGGACCCCUCUUCCCACCUGAAUGCCAGCCAGCUCCUGGCAUCAGCCCGCACCGAGCCGCCCCCAGGAGCACACACGGGACUGAGCAGUGACGGUUCCUUGGCGAGGGCUGAGGCGCUAGCGCCUCAGGGAGGGAGCCCGCUGGAGCAGGACAGGGGGCUGCUCUGGCUCCACACCCUGCCCUGAGGGCCGUGGGAACCGGAUUUUAACGUGGACUCCGCCACUUCACCAGACCCAGGGCCUGACCUCCAGGAACAGGUGCCGCAGGCUGCAGCUCUCCUCCCGCAGUGAUUAGGUUCGCGCCUGCGCUCUGCCGGCCCCACGCCAGGCCUCGCACUGUCCCCAGCGGCACCUUCACAGAGAGGCUGCCUUACCCGUGGCCACAGCGCUGCAGGAACAGGGCCGGGGGGCGACUCACUGUCUGGCCGGCUUCACGUCCUGUGCGCUGUCCCCUCCGGUGUUGCAGCUUCCCAGCCUCCUGGGGGGCUCAUGUCUCAGUGGGACAGACAGGAAAACCUUGAUCCUUGCCUAAAGUUAUGGAGACCAGACAAAGAGAGACUGUGUGCUGAGGGAGAGAUCCAUCCUGAGUUGGGAGGGAAUCCAGGAGGGCUUCUAGGAGGAGGUGACAUUGGAGCCAGUCCUCAAGAGGUCAAGGGAGGUGGGCAGGAGCUGGCUUGUGGUGAGACAUAUAUACCAGGCUUGGAGCGAUACAAACUGUUUCCAGUGAUGUCUUUGAGGGACUCCCCAUAUAGGAGGGCUCUCUGUAGGGCCGCAGGAGGCAGAUGAGAUGCCGGCCUGAGCAGAGCUGUGACGGAGCCCUGAAUUCCGGGGAGAGGGGCUGUGGGUGCAGAUGGAGCCUGUGCCUCAGAGGCUUUGCAAGCACAGGAAGCAGGGCCAUGCUGGGAGGAGGGGGGAGAGGGAGGCGGCCAGCGUCCCCAGGCCAGCGAGCAGGCCCGAGGCAGGGCAGGCUGUGCCGCUAGUGUAUUAGCCACCGGACCUUCCAGGCCCAGACUCCAGCAUGUCUCAGGAGGGUGCGUGGGGGCCGGUGGGCCCUGCCGCAUGCCAGGCUGAGCUCACCCAGGUGGCCGUGGUCAGCCAGCAGCUCAGCUGAGGCUGGUGGACCCAGACGAGCUGGGGCCCCAGCUGGGCCAGCUCCUCUCUGCUCUGCAUGGUCUCCCCACUCCAGCAGGCCCAGCUGGGCAGCCCCCUCUCUCCUUCACAGAGGGGCUGCGCAAGGCUGGGUGGGGGGGGUGGUUAAUCCCCACACGUGCAGCUCCCUUUGGGGUUGAACUUGAGGCAUCUGC